AGCCCGAGUCAACUACCUUCUUUCUCUCUGCUCGCUAAUAUGUUUCUUCGAGGUCUCUCCUGUCGUGGAAUACCUCUGGAUAUUUCUUGAUCUGUCGCUCUUCUUGUCCUUUGUGUUGCGGUUCUCCAACUGCCCGGAAUCGUCCUCGUUCGGCAGCGACACUCGAAACGCCUCUUCGUCCCGGUCACCACCUGUGCUACAGUCACCCUCGGAUCAUGCGUCCUUCCUGGCCCCGGUGCUUUGGAUAAUGUUAUCAGAUACAGCUGCGCUCCCAUCAGUGCCCAGUUUCGAGCCCUGGAGGGAUAUCAACGGUUCUCGAUCGGGGGGUGGGAUGCAACCUGGCGGCGAUCGGAGUAGCUGGGCUGGUCCGUAUCGGAAUGGCAAUGAUACCCCACCAAGUGGUCGUCAGCGGCCAAGAUUCCCGAAUAUAAAAGAUCUUCAGGAUGAGGCAGCAGCAUUAGGCGUGGACGAGAAGGCUUCUCUGAAUGCGCUGUUGAGGACAGCCAAGGAUGCCAUACGGCAAUCUCGCACCGCUGUGGACAAGGGAGAGCUAGACGUUGCCUAUGUCCUAUACUUGCGCGCUUCAGAAAUAACUGUCAAUACCAUACCGCACCAUCCAGACUACCGGAUAGCGAUCAACCAACGGCCAGGAUGGUAUGACCAGUUUGCAGAUCUAAUGCUGUCUGUUAGGACCAAACAGGCAACCAUGGACUCAAUCAAACAGCAGAUUCUCGAAGAUAACCUUGCCAACAAUGUCAAACCUACAGGGGCGCGCACGCUUCCACCAUCGGCGUCCUCGAACACGCCCUCACAACCUGGUGGGAACAGCGAAAUUGGCAACAGUAUAUUGAGAAUGCCGAGUCCUUCGGAUUUCCAAGCAGGGGACGCGAGAAUUACAAAUCCUGUUGACGAUGUACUAGCCCAGAGAUUUGCCAGACUGAAGGCAACACCAUCAUCUAUUCAAGGAUCUCAGACGCCUGUUACCUCCGUUCAGACGGAUGAUCCUUCGGUCUCUCCGCCUCAUGGGAAGCCCUCGGACUAUCCACCGCGGCCAUCUACCACCUCUCCACGCGCAUCGCUCAUGUCGCCCUCUUUGCGCCCUAUGGGUCCGCGGAAUAUGGGAUCACCACAUAGUGUACCUUCGCUCCCCCCAAAAGUUCCAUUAGACGCGCCACUUCCUCGCGCGCCCGAUCCAGCAUAUAACCCGAUAUUCACUGUACCAAACCAAUCCCCUUCUAACCCUCCAAGAACUUCGACCGAAAGCGCACGAGCAGCAAACUCAAGAUACUCUCAUAUCGCCGGUUCUCCAAGAGGUAGCCCUAGUCGAGGUGCAUUGGACGACAAUCCUUAUCGGUCACGGACUCCAAAUGGCGUUCAUCCGGCAGCAGAAUCAAAAAGCAGUUCUGCCGAUUUACCCCACAAUCCGACUGUUAGUGCACAGCAGCUACUGGAUUAUCUCCGGAAAUACAAUGUACUUCUGAUUGAUGUCCGUCCGCGGAACCGUUACGACAACGGACAUAUAUACGCGAAGUCGAUUAUUUGCAUUGAGCCCGUUGCUUUGAAGGAGAAUGUUUCUGCAGAAGAAUUGGAGGAGAGAUUGAUAGUCUCUCCGGAAUAUGAGCAGUCAUUGUUUGAAAGAAGAAAUGAGUUUGAUCUGGUUGUAUACUAUGAUCAAAGCACAGCUUCCGUCAGCUAUCUUGCCGGGUCCCCUGUCGGGACAACGGCGCCGCAUCUCAGAGCUCUCUACGACACGUUAUAUGAGUUUAACGCAUACAAGCCGUUGAGGGACGGACGCCCACCGGCUCUACUAGUCGGUGGCCUGGAUGCAUGGAUUGACUUGCUUGGCCAGCAGUCCCUCGCUACCUCAUCCACGGCUGCUGUCAUGGGGUCGCUUCAACCCAAGAGACCCGGCAGAGGACCGGGCAGGCCCAUCGGCAGAGUCCCAACAAUGGCCAGUGCAAAUUCCAGUUUAGAAGUGAGAAAGAGAAGACUCCGAGAAUUCACACCACUUAAUGCGGAGGAGCUCACUGCAUGGAUGGAAAGGUCCAGGGUAGAAGAGAUUGAUCCCGAGAGCUAUGAGGGCGAGGACGAGACUAUAACCGAAACACCAGAAGAGAGCGUAGCAGAGCAAGAACCUUCUUCUCCUUUUAUCCACUCAUAUGAGGACUUCCUGCGACGCUUCCCCGAGCCGCAUGCUGUCCAGCAGUCAAUGAUCAUGUCCGAGACUCGACCGCCACUCCCGUCUGUGCCCAAUUAUGGCGCUCCUGUGCCUGUUGUACCUUCACGGCCGCCACCUGCUGUGCCGCGACGAAGUUAUGGAGGUGUCUCAGAUGGCCGGCAGAUUCAGCCUACGCUUGCGCGACAGAAUUCUGCAAAUAGGACUGCUUUGUACACGUCGAACUCCGUCAUCCAUCGACUCAAGCUCCCACGAACGGGUCUUACGAACUUUGGUGUGACCUGCUAUAUGAAUUCGACCAUUCAAUGCUUGAGUGCAACAAUUGCGCUAAGCAAAUUCUUUAUCGAUAACCGUUUCCGAUUCUAUGUACAAAAGAACUGGAAGGGGUCCCAGGGGGUCAUGCCUGGUCUGUACGCCAAUCUCAUUCGUUCGCUGUGGAAGAACGACGUGGAAGUAAUCAUGCCUACGUCCUUCCGAAACUUCUGUGGGCGACUGAACCGGGAGUGGGCAAUAGACAGACAGCAGGAUGCAAAAGAAUUUUUCGAUUUUCUCGUCGACUGUUUACACGAGGAUCUUAACAUCAACUGGCAGCGGACUCCACUGCGUCCGUUGACAUUCGAAGAAGAAAUGCAGCGAGAGAGGAUGCCGGUGCCCAAGGUAUCGAAGAUAGAAUGGGACCGUUACUGUCACCGUGAGGAAUCAUAUAUUUCUUCUCUCUUUGCGGGGCAGCACGCAAGUCGACUGCGUUGUACUACUUGCAAACGUACUUCAACAACGUAUGAGGCGUUCUACAGCAUUAGCGUGGAGAUCCCACCUUCAGGCACUGGCGAUAUCUACCAAUGUCUUCGCAGCUACUGUCAAGAGGAGAUGCUGAGCGGUGAUGAAGUUUGGAAGUGCCCUUACUGCAAAUGCGAGCGGGUAGCAACCAAGCAAAUCAUCAUCACCAGAGCCCCCCAGAUCCUGGUUGUACACUUCAAACGCUUUUCUGCGUCGAAAACACAGAGUGCUCGAAAGAUUCACACCCCUGUGGACUUCCCUCUCCACGGCCUCAGGAUGGACGAUUUUGUCAUCCCUGGCUCUCCCUCCAACGCACCGAACAGUGACGCACAGGGACGAUAUACCAUCUCACCCACCUCCCCACCCUUCACCUACGAUGCAUACGCCGUCCUCCGUCAUAUUGGCUCAACCUCAAGCGGCGGUCACUAUAUCUCUCUCAUACGGGACGCACAGCGCCAAUGCUGGCGUAAAUUCGAUGACGAGCGCGUCACGGAGUUCAGCCCGCGCGAUCUACGAUUUUCUGACCGCCUUCAAAACGAGCAGGCAUACAUUGUAUUCUACGAGCGUGUUCCAGCGAAAUAACCAAGUGCAUUUGUUUGAGGCCUUUUUUUUUUCUUUCCAUGUAAUCACGACUCGCCUUUUCCAUUCCCUGGUUUUUCUCUUCCACGUUCAGCUCUUUUUGGGGGGACGGUUCUUUUUUGCUAGGAUGUCUAAUUCUUUUGCGCGCCUACGGAGCAAUGAUUCCUGUCCGUGAGAGACCGCCACGCUUAGAUAGAGAUAUGAUUACAUGUAUGUACGGUUUCCAUAUCAUACCCCGGUUUUUUUUAUUCUUUUUCUAUUUGUUCUUUUGGUAGGGGUGGGCGCGAACGAAUUGUGCCUAUAAUCCUCGUGAGAGAUAUGUGUUUCUAUACUAUAUUAUAUUUUAUAGCAUUAGGGGCAUUGUAGAACCUCCUACGCUCCAUCCAGCUACAUGUUCAAGAACGAAUUAAU